AUGAAGAGCCGCAUACAUCCCUCCCAAGCCGGCCUCAACGCAGACACCUGCAGCCAGGCUGGGGCGGGGCAGGCCACCGCAUCGGAAGGUCGCCCCCAUCACAUCAUCAAGUUUCGAAGAGAAGCUCCGCAUACAUCCCUCCUCAGCUGGCCUCGACCCAGACGCCUGCCGCCAGGCUGGGGUAGGACGUCGUGGUCGCCUGCUGGAGUCAAGUCACAACGUGCCCAACCGCGUGACGAGACUUCAGUAGGUCAUUACGACUUCUCGUACCUACGCAUCGACUUCUCGAACAACUUCAAGGGUGGCUACGCCUUCGUCAACUUCUGCAAGCCAGAGUACAUCACCAGCUCCGUGCGGAAGCGCGUUGGUCACCCUUGGGGCAUGUACGGCUCGCUGACGAAGUGCGAAGUCUCAUACGCCACAAUCUAA